AUGAGUGAACCAGAAAAAAGCAAGGUUACCGGAGGAGAUGCAUACGGGCAUGAGGAAAGGAUUCCUCUGGAAGAGUGGACUGCUAUGGAAACAAGCAGUGAAUGCCUUGCUGAUCUGGUUGCCUGCUUUCAGCACACGAUGAUGACGUCAGCUUUCAUGACAUCAGGUGAACUGACUGCUGCGGACAUUAACGUUUUGGAUGCUGAAAUCGACUCUAACGAAAAAUUGCUUGGUGUUUUGCAAUGUGGAAUCCUUUCGCAUGGGCAAUUCCUAGACAUGGCAAACACCCUGCAAGAGGCAGUGUUUGGUUUAAUGGAGAAGUAUGGUUUGAAGGAACUUCGACGUGAGACUCCAAUCAAGACAGAAGACGACCUGAGCAGCUUGCAUGUACUGGAGUACGAAAAAGUUACAGUGUGUCCUGGUGACGGUCCAGAAGAGACGUACUACAUCCCCAAAGUGACUGGUAGGAGUGCGGAAUUAACCAGGAAUGGACGCGUACUAAGUAGAGGAGAAGCAGUUGCAGAUGAGGAACAUGGAGUGAGUGCUCCCAAUACUCCAAGUCCUGAAGUUGACGUACAAAUUGAAGAAGUGUGUUCUACGAUAACUUGUACUAAGGAAGGGAAAACACCAGAAGGAGGACGUGCAGACAACGAAGAAUACGGAUUGACUACUUCGACAACACCGACUUGUGAAUUGGAGGAACCAUUUGAAGAAGAGUGUUCUGGUAGCACUAUGACAGAUGCUGUUAUAACACCAACUGCAGUGGAAGAAGGCAAAGAAGAAGCAGCAGGAGAUGGUGAGGCACCUGUAUGCAAAGAAGUUGUCAAAUUAGCGUCCUUGCAUUUGGCCACAACAAGAACGCCAAGUAAUCCUAGGAAACGGGCGCUGAGUACUGAAGGAAAAGAGGAAAGGAAGCGUACUUGUCAUACGCCAGCUUUUCCUCCAGAUCUUGGCAUAGCAAGUUCGAGUGGGUUUCAUGAAAUGGAUUCCUGUACUCAGGAGAAACACCAUUCAACUUCCGAAGUUCACAACGAAGAAGGAAAGAAAAGAAAAGUGCCUCGAAGCCAUUCUCCAAUUGAAGAUGAAGAAGGUGCAAUAAGUAAUUCCGAAAGAAGCGCACGGCCUGGUAAGGACACAGUUGGUGGGAAACAAAGUGCAUCAAAAGCAAUGGCAGUUGGAUCAAAUUCAAAACUUCCACAUGAUGAAACUCCUCCUGUGCAUGUGCAUAAACCAGUUAAAGAAGUGGCUGUUAAGAGAACGGUCCCCAGUAAAAGACACCUCCGUACUCCAACUGGAAAACUGGAUGCCAUUGGUAAAUUGAUUUUCAAAUUUGUCCUGAAAGAUGAAAAAGGAAAACCGUUAAGGAAACCUCCUUUGUGCACAUUGGACAAUACACAUGAAGCAGUGGUGGAAUUCGCAAAUUUCAUGAUGUGGGUGUAUGAGCUUAAUUGCAGCAUGUAUGAACUGACUGCUGAUAAGCCACCUUAUUAUAACGGUCCAUCUAAUGACUGGAGCACCACUGUCUGUAACUUCUUGUACGAUGAGGGUUUCACAAGAUCGUUGGCAAAAAGGUCGGUACCAAACACAUACCCAUCCUGGAAGCUGGCAUCACAUCCGGUUCCUGGUGUUCUUCUCGAAGAGCAAGUUGUGUUUCCCCGUAUUUUGAAGAAUGGAUGGCUAGCUCUGGAUAAACUUCCCAGUGAAAAGAAGGUGAAGAUUAAUUUGGGCCAGGAUAAACCAAUGAACGUCGAAUGUGUUCUUCUCGGUUCGAUGGAGGCCAUGUGUGGGAAAACCUGUGGCCUGUUCAUGCGAAUUGAUGACCUUCAGGACUUGAUAAGCAGGAUAAGGAUAUACUGCCAGACAAUGUUGUCUAGAGUUCAUGGAAAUCAAGGAUCUAGGAAGAAGAAGAACUGGAAGGUUCCUGAUGGCCGGGGAAUCUUUUAUAAUGCUCUUGUGCGGGCCAUUUUUCCUGCUGACUCUUCAGCAGCACUGAAUACUACUCCCAUGGUUGCAUCAAACCGUGGAUCCGAAUCAAACGAAUUCAUCUCAUUUCGCGAAGACAUUACGUUUCUACAUUUCCCCUUGAAGAAUGAGGACAAUAAACGGCGUGAUACUCAAGCUUUCUUUCCUAAACUCAUGAAAAGCUUGAUGGAGGAUGAAGCAGCACAAUUCUUGGAGACAAAUGAAGAACACGCAUCAAUGUCUCUGGAAGAAGUAAUUCACAUUGCAACAAAGGAUGAAAAGUGCUUUGAUGCUGAUGGAAAGCAAGUCUUGUCUGACUUCAAGAAAUGGGUGUUGAAUAGUGUUGAAGUCCACAAGAAAACUGUUGUUGGACGCUACAUGGAGAACUGUGGCUUGUUGGAUGACGAAUUCUCAAAGUUUGACGCGUGGCACACGGAUGUGUACAAGAAACGUUCAAAUAAAUGGGGAAAUUUGUUUGAUGCCCGUGCUUGCUUCGAAAAGGUUGCCAAUACGAAGGCAGUUGAAGAUGUUGCACAGCAGCAAGUGGAUACAAUUCUUGCGAAAGAUGUGAAGAUGCUGGAGUGUCCGAAGGAAAUUAUAAAUGUAUUGGACAACAAGAUAGAACCGUAUAAAACUAAGCUUUAUGAGGAAUUACAAGCUUUGCAAGAAGUAGGCUCUCUCCUGCUUCCGGAAAAUACUGUUGUUCGUGUGAACUUCAAUGGAAAACUGAAGUUCAUUGAAUGUUCUGGCUUCAAAGUUACUUGCAGAUAUCCUGAUAACAUUGUGGCACUCAGCCUACCUGGAAGGAAAGACACCCUGGAGCACUUCACAGCAUUUGUUAUCAACAACAUGUACUAUGCUGAGGGAAGUCGGGAAAUACACGUGAAAGGCAGGAGAUUCUUGACUGUGGAUGCUGCUCAGAAGAAGUGGUGGACUGAAAGAAGUGAAUUUAUCAUGACAAGUGCGUUAAUGUCUGAGGAGCGAAAGCAGCAACGUCCAACACACCCAAGGGAUGAGAAUAACAUCCUUCUUCCUUGGUUAUCUACUCUUCGUGAUGCAAACCGUCGUCAAAUUUUUGAAGAAGCUGUCAAUGAGAAGGAUUGGAAAAAAAGGUGCAAGAUCAACUACAUAAAUGUGGAUGCCAACAAUGACUCCUUUGGACAUUUGUUUCGACCAUCUGACAAAUCCUGCAUUUUAGACUUGUCCAAAAAGGAAUUCAAUCACAACAUCUUUCAAUGUCAAGAUUGGGACCCUACAAAAACGGAGUACUGCGGUUUCAGUAUGACUGCUGAUGGGACAUCCAUACGGGAACUUGGGGAGGAGGAGCAAAUCCCAGCUCUGGUAUGUGUUACAAUUCUGGAUGGAGGGGAAGAGUUGUCAAAAUACGACUUUUUGCGUGAUGCGACUGAAAAGCACAAACUGUUGACGUUGUGGAAUGAUAAGCCAAUGUUGAGAAACCACGUUUUUGGUACUAAGUGUUGUGUUCCAAUCAACUGGAUCAGUGCAGAUGCCAAGUAUGUCCUUUGGCCCUGCAAUGAUGCCUUAACAACCAAUCCAGUAACAGGGAAAGAUGAACUUUGGAGAUCUAUUAAAAGAGAUAGUGAACGGAAAUUGAGUGCAUUCCCAAUAGGAGAUGUGAAUCAAAUGAUGGAGUAUAGGGUUGGUAACAUUUGGUGCAGUGGACGAAUAGGAGUGUUCCCUGGGAAUAAUUAUGAAGACAGUGGACGACCUAAACGCCACCUACCGCAAAGACCCAUAGAUGUUGCCUCUACAUCAUCUAGCGAGGCUGCCAAUGACUCUGAAGAUGUUUCUACUCCAGCUACGAAAAUUUACAAAAGUAACAGUGAUUGUCAUGUGCAGGUGGAACCUAAUAGAGUGGUUCUUUCGGAAAAGGAGUACAUUCGUUGUCCUUCUUCGUCGUUCAACCUUGACAAUACUACCCCAAGUUCAAACAACACUCUGGUGGAAUCAUCUGAUGACAUAAUCCUGGAGGAACUACGAAGCAGCAGCAGCGACAACAUUGUGCAAGACCUGGAAUCUUUGCCAGGCAGCAGUUUCUGUGAUGGAAUUGCCACCCCUGACCUUAACAAUGGGGCCACAGAUGACAAUGGAUUAAUCACCAGAGCAGAAUUCAUACCUUUUGCGAACAAGAUGACAAAAAAUUUCGAGGCUCUUUCGGCGCAGUAUGAUGUUCUGCACAACCUCCUGAGGCAAGUCCUUGACAACAACCACAAGCAGCAAUCACAAUGCAACAAUUUGCCUCAACCUCUCAUUAUGUCAGCAACUGCGCAUGGUCCAACAAGAAAAGUUGUACUACAUGCGAAAUUACAGAAACUGAUUCCAGUUAAAACAAGAAAAGAACUUGUGGACAUUGAUGCUGUUUUAAUGGAUGAAGAAAUCAGACAGAAUUUGAUAUUGUGGAUGGAAUGCCACAGAAGGAUGGGCUUCAAAUCAAGUCAAGCUGUGCCGUUCUUUUUGAAGCAUUUCAUGUACCAGAGGCUUACAACGCAAAUUUAUUGUGUUAACAUUCCAACACAAAUAUCUAAAUUAAAGCGCACUACUGCAAAUGCAAUAAACACUUUGGCAGAACGGGACAAUCAGGAAUGGGAAGAAGAACAAGAUGAUUCAACGACUCUGGAUUUUGAUGCCUUCCCCCUUAAUCUGCAACACAGAGUGCAGCAGUACUCUCUUAAAAUUCCUCUAAACAAGCUGCCUGGAUUGUUUCCAGUCUUGGAGCAGCUUGCAGUUGUGCCCGCUGGUAAUGUUCAAAACAAGAUUUUUAAAACAAGAGUAAUUAUCAAUACUGCAGUUCGGAACGUGAGGCACGCAGAGCGGAAUAUGCGGAAUUCAAAGCGAGAGAAGGCUGGUGAAAUUGAUGGAUGGCCAAAGGAAUACUCAACUAACCUGAGAGAAUGCAAAGCUGUUUUUGAUGCUGCCCCUCUGCAUUCGGAGCUGGAGCCAACAUUGAUGGAGUGGUAUGCACGCACGAAUGACCAACUGGAUCUCAACAAGUUGGCAGUGGAAAUCACCAGGAAUGAUGAGUGA